AUGUCACAUGAUUCAGAAAAUGAAAAGCUUAGAGAUGUUUCAACCGAUGACAAAGCUGUUACUGGUGAAAAGGUGAAGCUCUCUGAAAUUUUGUCAGUUGAACUUUCUGAACUUUCUGAACUUUCUAAAGUUAAGUGGGUUAGACUCUGUAGUGUAGAUAAUUCAAAAGAAAGUGAGCUAUCCAAGUUUUCCAAAACUGCAGAAGUUUCUGAGGUCUCUGAAGUUUCUGAAGUCUUUGAAGUCUCUGAAGUCUUUGAAGUCUCUAAAGUCUCUAAAGUCUCUAAAGUCUCUAAAGUCUCUAAAGUCUCUAAAGUCUCUAAAGUCUCUAAAGUCUCUGAAAUAUCUGAAGUCUCAGAUAAAUAA